UUCUGUGAGCUUAGGCGCCCGAGCUACUGAGGGUCUAAGUCUGGGCAGCCGAAGAGUGUGGUAGGUUAGCAAGAUGAACAAAGAUGCGCAGAUGAGAGCAGCGAUUAACCAAAAGUUGAUAGAAACUGGAGAAAGAGAACGCCUCAAAGAGUUGCUGAGAGCUAAAUUAAUUGAAUGUGGCUGGAAGGAUCAAUUGAAGGCACACUGUAAAGAGGUAAUUAAAGAAAAAGGACUAGAACACGUUACUGUUGAUGACUUGGUGGCUGAAAUCACACCAAAAGGCAGAGCCCUGGUACCUGACAGUGUAAAGAAGGAGCUUCUACAAAGAAUAAGAACAUUCCUUGCUCAGCAUGCCAGCCUUUAAGAUUGAAUUAGAUUGUGUUGUUUUGUGGUCUUAUUUCUGAAAGUAAAACUUGCCAUAAAUUAGGAAUCGCUUUCCCAAAAUAAAAUCCUUUUUUGUAUGAUGGUAUUCAAUUUUCGGUAAUGAUGUAUACAUUGUAUUGAUUUUUUUCCCUAAAUGUGUUAUUUUAAUAAAUAUCUCAUGAAUGAUUUUGCAGUUUCCUUGGAUCUUGGAAUAAAUGGAACUUUUCAACAAUCCACCAGAUUUGUUGAGAGAAAAAGUCAUCAAGUAAUGUAGUUUAUUAAGUAUGUGCAUAUUUCUGUGCUAACAACUGAGGAGAAGUAAGCAGCCUCUUCUGAUUGUCUAGAUAUGGUGUAUUUCUCUUUUGAAUCCCUAUAAUAUUUUAUAAUACAUGCCCCAUCUUGUACUACAGUUGUCUUAUUUCUUAUUUGUUAUAAACUCUGAGAGUUAGGACUGGGUCUUACUCAUCUUUAUGUGCCUUCCUUAUUCCUCAAAGAAUUUACCAUCCUAUUUGAAGAGAGAACAUUUGCAAACUGGCUCCAUACCAAGCUCCUCUCACAUAUCUACUCAUCUGAACUUUGAAAGCAGAAACUCUAAAUUACAUCCCCACAUACUAAGGUCAAGAAAGAACUUAAUGGGAAAUAAUCUC